AUGUCGGCAACCGCCGACAACCUUCAUCACCAAUCGGAUCCUCACAACCCCAAGGAGCGUCCGCAACCGCAACACGCUCGCCCAUACAAGCUGCCUUGGUACAAGGAUACCGUCUGGAGCAUACUUGCAAACAAGCUGACCAAGGGCAAAGCACUGCCUUUCCCUGAAGAGCGUGAAGACUUUGUACCUCCCGGGCAGUACCUCCCAGGCUACCAAACACGCCACGCCAAUUCCAACGUUCAGCAGCGAACGGGAUCGCAUGACUCUCAUCUCUCCAACAACAAUGGUGCCUCCUCAACUGCCGCAUCUGCUUCGCGUGCAACUGAGGCUACCCACGUCAACCCGCACAGUAGCAACAACAAGGACAGGUCCGGCAGCGCUUCACCUGUGCAGCGCCAAUCCAAGGACGAAAACGCCGAGUCUGCACCAGACGACAUAAACGAUGACUCCCAUCCUUACCUCAUCGAUUGGAACGGCCCCAAUGACCCCGACAACCCCCUCAACUGGUCCAUGGCUCACAAGUCCUUCGUGACAUUUCUCCUCUGUCUCCUCACCUUCUCCGUCUACAUGGGUUCCGCCAUCUAUACCCCUGGUGUCCAACUCCUCGCUAACUGGUUUGGCGUCGGCACCGUCACCGCAACCCUCGGUCUUACUCUUUUCGUAUUCGGCUACGGUUUGGGCCCAAUGGUCGGUUUAAGUUCGAUGUCUGAAAUCCCCGCCUUCGGACGAACUAUGCCCUACUUGAUCACCCUGUUCCUCUUUGUCAUCCUCCAGGUUCCCACCGCGUUGGUCAACAAUAUUGCAGGAUUCAUGAUUCUUCGUUUCCUCGCAGGGCUCUUUGGCUCGCCUCCCCUCGCUACAGGUGGUGCUAGUAUCGGAGACGUGUACGCUCCCAGGAACAGACCUCUGGCUAUCGGUGUAUGGGGUCUUUCCGCUGUGUGCGGUCCAGUGCUCGGUCCUUUGAUCGGUGGUUUCGCCUCUCAGAGCUUCGGUGCUGAGGGCUGGAGAUGGACCAUCUGGCCUCUCCUCAUGCUCUCGGGUUUCACUCUUGUCGUCCUCAUCUUGACGCUUCCCGAGACUUCGUCUUCCAACAUCCUCUUCCGACGUACACAGCGUCUUCGAAAGUUGACUGGCAACCCACAUCUCCGCUCCAAGGGCGAAAUCCUCUCCUCUCACCUGACCGGCAAAGAGCUUGCCCUCAUGACCUUCGUCCGUCCAUUCGCCCUCUCCUUCAAAGAACCUAUCGUCCUCGGCAUCAACUUGCACGUUGGGUUGGUGUACGGCAUCCUCUAUACUUUUUUUGAGGCCUUUCCAAUCGUCUUCAUUGAGACCUACGGAUUCAACUACGGUGAACUCGGUCUUGCAUUCAUGGGUAUCUUCGUCGGCGCCAUCUUCAUCUAUUUCCCCUUCUGGCUCUGGCACAAGUAUUCCUACGGACCCCUCUUUGACAAGCAAAACGGUAAAGUGGCUCCUGAAAAGUGGCUCGAGCCUGCCAUUCUAGGCGCUUGGGCAAUCCCAAUCUGCAUGUUUGGUUUCGGCUGGACAGCUACCGCUUCCAUCCACUGGAUUGUACCUAUCAUCUUUUCGGCCUUCUUUUCCAUCGGUACUUUCUUGAUCUUCCAGUCGGGUCUGGCCUAUCUUGGCGACUGUUACCCCGACUACAUCGCUAGUGUCUACGCUGGUAACGACUUCUUCCGUGCAAGCAUCGGUGGCGCUUUGCCUUUGGUCGCCAGAGCUAUGUUCAACAACUUGCAGGCUAACGGUCCCCGAGCAUUCCCUGUCGCUUGGGGAAGCGUUUUGAUGGGCUGCAUCUCUAUCGUUAUGGGUCCCAUUCCCAUCCUGCUGUACAAGUAUGGUCCCAAGCUUCGAACCAUAUCCAAGUACGCUCUCGAUCCCAGCGGUGGCUCAGAACAGUCGAGCGAGAAGCAGGCCAGCAAUUAA